AUGGCAGGAACAAAGCCGGUUGAUUUCCAAGAUUAUUUGCCAAUCAUGGCUGAUAAAUUAGGAGGAGAAGGUUUAAUAGGUGAAUUAUGCAAUGGGUUUCAAUUAUUAAUGGAUCAGGAAAAGGGUUUGAUUACUUUUGAGAGUUUGAAAAGCAAUUCAGCUCAUUUAGGUUUACAGGGAUUAAGCGAUGACGAAUUAAGGAGUAUGUUAAGAGAAGGCGAUAUGGAUGGUGAUGGUGCUCUUAAUCAGAUGGAAUUUUGUGUUCUUAUGUUCAGAUUAAGUCCUGAUUUGAUGGAAGAAUCUGAAAUCUGGCUAGAAGAUGCUCUUCAACAAGAAUUCAAACAUCAUGGGUAG